UGUCAACUGUGCUAAAUAUCAUCAUGUUUGAAGACUGCCGAAACCAGUGGUCCAUGUCACGGCCGCUGUUAGGUCUCAUCUUACUGAAUGAGGAGUACUUUAACAAGUUACGAGACAAUAUUAUCUCCAGCCAGCCCGGGGAUAAACAGCAGAGGAUGGUCCAGUGCUUCGAAAACUUAAUGAAUGGAAUUGAGCGGUCACUUUUGACCAAGAACAGAGAUAGGUUUACACAGAAUUUGUCGGUGUUUCGUCGUGAUGUGAAUGACUCUUUAAAAGCCCCCGGUGGCCAAAGUCCUAUUCCUUCCUCCUCUUCUUCACUAGACAUGAUGAGUUAUAGCUAAUGUUUGUUCCCUGUGGUGUGAGAGUGUUUCUAGGUGAUCUCUUAAAAUGGUCAUUCGGCCUCGGUGACUUGCGACUAGUGCUCACCAGGCCAUGGUAUGGAUGGUCAAUGUCUGGACAGCUGGACACUAAGCUAUGGUGAGGAUGGUCAUUUUAUAGUGUUCAACAUUUGUUAUGGAGUGAAUAAUCAUUGGACGCCAUGUGGGUUAUCGUCGUCUGCGCGGACGUGGAUGGUUAUUCGACAUUCGUUAUGGAGUGAAUAAUCAUUGGACGGGACUAUUGGACGCCAUAUGGAUUAUCGGCGGCGGCACAGACGUGGAUGGUUAUUCGACAUUUGUGUAGGAUGUGGUUUGUGUUCUUGUCCAGUUGUAACUGGACACCUGUAUAAAUGGGUCAUUACUCUGCCUCAGACCAUAGCAUUAAGGGCAUAUGCUACCUUACAUCUUUUUUUCAAGAGAGUUCCGUGCUUAGGAAUCUGUAAAAUACAUUUAUUAUAAAUGUUGAAUUGGAUUUAGUCAAUAAGUUAACUCAUUCACCCCUGA